GGAGUUCACGCAGUUGCCUGAGUCGUUGGGGUCCGGUGGCUCAGCUCUCUUGAACCGAGAGCGACAGGAUAUACUUGUGUUUUAACUUUUAGCUCUGUCCUACCUCUGACAGUCAAAAUGUUUGAAGAAGCAAGUGAAGUGUUUGACAACAUGUUCAAAUCCUCUUUCCCCCUCACCUUUAUCGUGUUUAUCCCCGCGGUGCUUAUUCUGGUGUCCCCGCUCCCGGCCGAAGCGGCACACGAGUUCACGGUUUACCGCAUGCAGCAGUACGACCUGCAAGGACAGCCCUACGGUACCAGAAAUGCCAUCCUGAACACGGAAGCUCGCACUGUUGAGGCAGAGGUACUAAGUCGUCGCUGUGUGAUCAUGAAACUGGCAGACUUUUCAUAUGAGAAAUACCAGAAAGCUUUGCGGCAGUCUGCGGGGGCUGUGGUGAUCAUUCUACCCAAAAAUAUGUCUGCUCUCCCCCAGGACAUCGUACAGCAAUUUAUGGAGCUAGAGCCAGAGAUGCUGGCCACAGAAACCAUAAUCCCAGUGUACUUUGCCAUGGAGGACGAUGAGCUGCUGUCCAUCUACACACAGACUCUGACCUCCUCCACAUCCCAGGGGUCUUUAUCAGCAGCCGAAGUGUUACUUCAUACGGCCACAGCAAAUGGUUUCCAGAUGGUUACAAGUGGAGCUCAGAGUAAAGCUGUUAGUGACUGGGCCAUCACCAGCUUAGAGGGUCGUCUGGCAGGAGUUGGUGGAGAAGAUCUGCCUACAAUUGUUGUAGUUGCUCAUUACGAUUCAUUUGGCGUUGCUCCUUGGCUUUCAUAUGGCGCCGAUUCAAAUGGUAGUGGGGUGUCUGUGUUACUGGAGUUGGCUCGUCUCUUUUCUAAACUUUACACAUACAAGAGGACACAUGCUGGAUAUAACCUGCUGUUCUUUUUAUCCGGUGGCGGAAAAUUUAACUACCAGGGCACCAAACGCUGGCUGGAGGACAACCUUGACCACACAGACUCCAGUCUGCUGCAGGACAAUGUGGCCUUUGUGUUGUGUCUGGACACUCUGGGCAAUGGAGACUCUCUACAUCUGCAUGUGUCCAAGCCUCCCAAAGAGGGUACUCCUCAAUACCAGCUGUUAAAAGAGCUCGAGAUGGUGGUCUCCAGUCAGUACCCUGAGGUCAAGUUCUCCAUGGUCCAUAAGAAGAUUAACCUUGCAGACGAUAUGUUGGCGUGGGAGCACGAGCGCUUUGGUAUUCGCCGCCUGCCGGCCUUCACCCUGUCACACCUGCCAUCCCACCGCCUGGCACAGCGUUCCAGCAUCAUGGACGUGCGGUCAGUGUCCCCCUCCUCUCAUUACGGAGUGGGAGAGCCCCCUGCUGGGCCUCAUGUUGAUGUGAAGAAGCUUGGCAGGAACACAAAAAUUGUUGCAGAGGCUCUUGCCAGGGUUAUUUAUAACCUCACAGAAAAGAGUGCUCCAGGAGACCUGCAGAUUUUCACUGAACAAAUGCAGGUGCAGGAGGAGCAGCUCUCCGCGGUGGUAGAGUGGCUCACAGCUCAGCCACGAGCUGCACAGUUGGUCGAUAAAGACAGCAGUGUUGUUUCCACACUGGAGUAUCAUCUCACGCGCUACCUCAAGGAUGUGAAGAAACAUUAUGUCAAAGCAGAUAAGAGAGAUCCUGAAUUUGUGUUUUAUGACCAGCUCAAGCAGACAAUGAACGCUUACAGAGUCAAGCCGGCCAUUUUUGACCUGCUUCUUGCAGUCUGUAUUGCAGCAUAUUUGGGUGUUAUGUAUCUUGCAAUUCAGAACUUUGGUGUUUUAUACAGUGUGGUCCGUAGAAUUACCCAGCCUAAAACAAAGACCCACUAAACAGUAGUGACAGAGACUUCAGUUUAAAGGUGUAUUCUAACAGUACAGUACACUUUCCUCAGACAUGAGCUGCAAAUGAUGUCACAUCUUGUCUUGCUGCCAACUUAACUCAUCCUCUCUCAAGGACUAAGGGUAUCAGGAAUGACCAAAAUCAUAUUUUUGUCCUGGUGCAUGCUUUUUCACAAGAUCAAACAUUUCUUGCCAAUACUACAUGAAUUAUAAAUAUUACUUUUCCAUUGAAUCCCACAUUGCCUCGAACUAUACCAGUGACUUCUCUGAAUUUUGUCUUGUUGGCAGCUAGACCAUUUCAAAUUUACUCAAGGCAAGUGGUCAGAAUAAAAUGUGAACUAUAGUGAUUUCUUUACCUCUGUCCUAUUCUGUCGUAACAGAAAUUUAACCUAAUCGAAGCACUUCCCAUUCUAUAAAUGUACAAAUAAUAAAAUAACAGCUUUGAUUUUCCCCUUUUCCCCUUCUAAGUGUGAAAAAUAUUCAUUAUUUCUGAGAUAUUUCUUAAAAUCCAUGCUUCAUUAAAAAAAAAAAAAUUAGUUAAAAGUUUAUAGAACAUAUGAACUUAAUACUGUUGAAAAAGGUUAACCCACGAUUAAGCUCAAGACUCCACUCUUCAUCUGUCGUUUAUUUUUUACUCAGUUGUUUCUAGUCACUUCCUUUUGUCUGUCAGCUUUUUUUUGUUUUUUUUGCUGAUCAUGAGUUUUUGUGACCGAAUGAAAACCUUGGCUGCGAUACUGUCAUACAUUUUAAAUGCCAUAGCAAGAUUCAGGUCAAGUCAGCAUAGCAGUUAUUUUAGGUUUAAGGUUGAAAUCCUUGAAAAUAUGGGUAACACCACAAACUCUGAGAAUUACAGAACUAGUGCUGAACCAAACUACUAGUAUAUAAUAGCCAUGUGGACUUGGCCUUUUUUUUGCCUGUAGUGGAUGAAUGCUGUUAGAUGUAUUUUUCAUGCAUGUUUCGUCACCACCCCCUGGAUGUGUGUCAACAAUGUGUGUGGUAUUUAUUUAUUGAUGGCUUCCAUUUGUGCAUUGCACUGAGGUCUUAUUUGGUCUUAACUGUAAAAUUCUCACACAAUUUUGAAGAAAUGAUAUCUGAUUUGAAAUAAAUGGACACACAAUUUGUUAA